CAAGGUCCCGGUACUGGGGAAGGGGAAAAGCAGUGGGUUAUAGAUAUUUUACUAAUAGUCGUCUGUAUGGUCGGUUUGUUUGUUUAUUUAUUUAUGUUUGAGCCAGGUCUCAGUGUACAGCCCAGGCUGCCCUUCAACUCUGGAUCCUCCUGCCUCGGCCUCCCGAGUGCUGGGAUUUCAGGCGUGGCUACGGCCGGCCUCUUUCUGAAUAAUUGUGCCUACAGUGAAGUGCUUUUCUUCAAAAACAAAAGAUGUUUAUAGAUACUGAGUGCCAGGUUAAAAUGGUGACAAAGUCCUGAAACAGCCAGCUGGGAUUUUGGGCUUUCCCAGCAGGACUUCUCAGAAAAGUCGGAAUUUAGUUUAUUAUGCAGGGCUUUUACGGACGCAGGGAAGUGAGGAACGGGAGGUGCCAGCGGUUGGGGAAGAGCCCUCGCUGGAGGCUUGGUGCGUUGCUUUUCUCAUAACUGAGGCUGAACCUGACAUGAAGUUUAGAAAUAGAGUUGAUGUUAUCUUUUCUAGUGAUUUAACUUGACUAGUUUUGGAAUAUUGCUAUUUUAAUUGUUUUUUUUUUUUUUGAGAGUGGGUCUCGGUAUGCAGCUCAGGCUGCCCUUGAAGUCAAAGCCAUCCUCUUGCCUGAGCCUCCCAAGCACUGGGAUUACAGGUGUCCAGAGAGCUUACAGAGGGACUGGCAAAGUGCCCUCUGCCUCAGCUCCUGAGCCUGGCCCUUGUGUGUGGGGUUGUUGCUCCUGCCCCUGCCCGCUUUGACCUCACCCAUUCUCCACCCCUGGCUGAGCUUCAUUCCUGCCGACAGCACUGGUCAGUGCCCAGCUCUGCCUCCAGAGCCCCAAGUUUCGCUGGAGGAGGUCAGUCUGCAGUAAGCCUUUAGUGCUGGCCUGUGCAGUGACCCUGAGGCGAAGUUUCCUUUCCCCUUAGCUUCAGCAUAUUAAAUGGGAGACGUGAACAGGAUUGGCACGGUAUGACAGUGUUAGGUCGAGGGGCUGGGGAAGGGCACUGAAAAGAAAGGUUUGUCAAAAAAAGCUUUCUUGGCCCCGGGGAUUUAGCUCAGUGGUUCCAGCGCCUGCCUCGAAAGCAAAAGGUCCUGAGUUCGAUCCCCGGUACCAAAAAAAAAAAAGCUUUCUUAAGGGCCAGAUGUGGUGCUGCAUGCCUGUAAUCCUGACACUCUUGGAGGCUGAGGCAGGAGGGUUGCAAGUUCAAGUUCAGCCUGCAACGCAGCGACACAUUGUGUUGGAUGAGAAAGAAAGGGCUGGAGAUGUAGCUCAGCGGAAAGGCCAUGGUUCAGCCCCAGUACCACAGAAAAAGGAGGAGAGUUGGAAGUUGGGCUCCUGAAGGGAAGGUCGUAGGAGUGGAGAUGCUCGGUUGUGCCUGGUGUCUGCAUGUUGGCAUCUCCUGGGCGCCUGGUGCCUGCUGCAUUCCAGCUCGCUUGUUCCCGGGCCUGGAGCUCCUCCUCCGGCAUGGAUCUGAAGGCCGUCCUCUCUUCCCUGAACGACCUGGCACCCCUCUCCUUCGCAGAGAGCUGGGACAAUGUUGGGCUGCUGGUAGAGCCGAGUCCCCCGCACACUGUGCACACGCUCUUCCUGACCAACGACCUGACCGAGGCGGUGCUGGAGGAGGCCCUGCGCGAGAAGGCCGACCUCGUCCUCUCGUACCACCCGCCCAUCUUCCGGCCCCUCACUCGAGUCACCUGGGGCACCUGGAAGGAGCGCCUGGUGGUCCGAGCGCUGGAGGCCAGGGUCGCCGUCUACUCCCCGCACACAGCCCUGGACGCUGCACCCCAGGGCGUCAACACCUGGCUGGCCAGGGGGCUCGGCAUUUGCACCUCCAAGCCCAUCCAUCCCUCCAGAGCGCCCAGCCACCCCACAGAGGGGACCCAUCGAGUCGAAUUCAGUGUCAGACACUCCCAGGACCUGGACACAGUCCUGUCUGCCAUGAAAGGAAUCAGCCAUGCUUCCGUCACUUGUUUUUCCUCUAGAACUGAUAGCGGUGAGGAGCAGACAAGGCUCAGUGUGACCUGCACCCAGGAGGCCCUAACGCGGGUCGGGGUGUGGCUGUCCCAGAACAGUCAGCUGCACGAGAAGACCGAGGUUCUGGUGCUGGAGAAGCCUUUGCUGCUGCAGACUGGGAUGGGGCGGCUCUGUACACUGGAGGAGUCUGUGUCCCUGGUGACUGUGAUUGAGCGGGUAAAGAGACACCUGAGACUGUCCCAUGUCCGCCUGGCACUCGGAGCAGGAAGGAGCCUGGACUCCCAAGUCCAGGAUGUGGCCCUGUGCGCCGGCUCGGGGAGCAGCGUUCUGCAGGGAGUUCGGGCCGACCUCUACCUCACAGGUGAAAUGUCCCAUCAUGAUGUUUUGGAUGCCACUUCCCAAGGAAUCAGCGUCAUCCUCUGUGAGCACAGCAACACGGAGCGCGGCUUUCUUUCUGACCUGCGGGACCUGCUGGCCAUGCACCUGGACAGCAGGGUGCGGCUGGUGCUGUCGGAGUGCGACAGGGACCCUCUCUCCAUGAUGUAGCACAGUGGCACCAGGACACGUGGUCGGUCUGCACUCAGCACUGCAGUGUGCAGCGGGCGGCGUGUGCCAGCGCGGGCAGAGAUCAAGCUGUUUUCUGAUCCAGUUGUGUUCGCUGAGGGACUAGGCACGUAAGGCCAGCACCGUAUGGUAACUGCCUGUCAGAGAACACACAUCUCAUAAGCUUGAACUGUUUGCUCUCCGUCCUUGGGAAGUAGCUCAAGUAAUUUCUGAGAGUAUAGAUAAGAUGUGUUUAUCUGAGAGUUUCUGCUGUUGAUUAGUUUAAAAAUACGCCUCACAAGUUUGCAAGUGUGAACCCGCUUUGGCCUACUUAGUUGAGUCCCUGUCCCUAUCAUAUCUCAAAUAUCAAAUAUGUGAGGGGCCGGGGAUUUAGCUCAGUGGUUCCAGCGCCUGCUUCGCAAGCGCAAGGUCACGAGUUCGAUCCCUGGCAC